AUGGCCCCCGUCAUCAAGCUCAACAGCGGCUACGACAUGCCCCAGGUGGGCUUCGGUCUCUGGAAGGUCGACAACGCCAUCGCCGCUGAUGUCGUUUACAAUGCCAUCAAGGCCGGUUACCGUCUCUUCGAUGGCGCCUGCGACUAUGGCAACGAGGUUGAGUGCGGCAAGGGUGUUGCCCGUGCCAUCUCGGAGGGUAUUGUGAAGCGUGAGGACCUCUUCAUCGUCUCCAAGCUCUGGAACACCUUCCACGACGGUGAGCGCGUCCAGCCCAUCGUCAAGAAGCAGCUCGCCGACUGGGGCGUCGACUACUUCGACCUCUACCUCAUUCACUUCCCCGUCGCCCUUGAGUAUGUCGACCCCUCCGUCCGCUACCCUCCCGGCUGGCACUACGAGGGCGAUGAGAUUCGCCCCAGCAAGGCCACCAUCCAGGAGACCUGGACCGCCAUGGAGAGCCUCGUCGAUGCCGGCCUCGCCCGCAGCAUUGGUAUCUCCAACUUCCAGUCCCAGCUGAUCUACGACCUCCUCCGCUACGCCAAGAUCCGCCCUGCCACCCUCCAGAUCGAGCACCACCCCUACCUCACCCAGGAGGAGCUCCUCAAGCUUGCCAAGCGUGAGGGCAUCACCGUCACUGCCUACAGCUCUUUCGGCCCUGCCUCUUUCCUCGAGUUCAACAUGCAGCACGCCGUCAAGCUCCAGCCCCUCAUGGAGGACGACACCAUCAAGGCCAUCGCCGCCAAGUACAACCGCCCUGCUUCCCAGGUCCUUCUCCGCUGGGCCACCCAGCGCGGUCUUGCCGUCAUCCCCAAGUCCAGCAGACAGGAGACCAUGGUUUCCAACCUCCAGAACACCGACUUCGAUCUCUCCGAGGAGGACAUUGCCACCAUCUCUGGCUUCAACCGCGGCAUCCGCUUCAACCAGCCCUCCAACUACUUCCCCACUGAGCUCCUCUGGAUCUUUGGCUAA